AUGGUGCUUCUCCACAGCCUGCUGACUCAUGCUCUAGCCUGCAGACACUGUGGCAGCAGCAUCUGCCUCCAAAGUCCAGGGAAUCUGGUGAUAUUAUUCCUGUUCACAGUUUGGCAGAUCCGAAGAUGGCGGCAGCUUGGGAGACGGCUCCAGCCCUGGUGUUCUGGAGACAAAAUGAUGCAAGGCAAGGGCCUACAACUUCUGUACCACUUGGUGGCCUUCCUUGAUUGCUUGUGGAAGCAAAAAUCAGAGGAAGAAGAGGAUGGGGAAGAGGAGGAAGAAGAAUCUCUGGAUUCACAAAGCCUGUAUUCUCCUUGCAAAGACACUCUCAUUGAAAAUCGCUUCACUGCAGCCCCACCCCAGCCAUCCUGUAGUUCUGAGGGGCUCCCCAAGGCCACAGAGACACGGGCACAAGCACGCACACAACCCUCAAGCCCUUCCAGAGCCUACCCUAUCUCCCAGAUCCUGACCAACCUACCUGUGAGGAACACGACAGCUUUAUGGAGCUUCCUGCAGCAAAGAAAAAGCCAGCUCUUCUGGGGUCAUCCCGCUCUACACAGUGAGUCCUUGGAGACUAUUUUCUUGAGCUCAGAUGGCCCCUCUCCACUAAAAUUGUCUGUGUGUCCUUCUGUCUCAUUCAACAAGGUUGACUUCCUGUCUGUGUACAACUUGUUACUUCCCUAUUACCACUCCUUAGCUUACUGCCCUACCCCUGAAGCCCAUACUAUGGGAGAUCUGGAAGGAAUGACACUUGGUUCUCAACUAGCUCAACCUCCACCUUCCCUCCCUAUCCCACCAGUAUCCUCCCACCUUAAGCCUUUGCCUGUGGGGUCCAAGGAAAUUGAAUCUGACACUGAGGCACACACACAGCGGUUUACACAGAACAACGAGGUUCCUUGUGCCUCCGAGAAUCAAGCUCUGUACUCACAGCCUGAACUCCAAAAAUUCAGACCCUCCACAUUCUUAUACUCAUCUGAGGCCUGGAGGGAGAUGCCAGGGGACCCUAGCCUCCAUCAUCACAAUCCAGAAUCACCCUCUGCCUCCCUGUUAUAUCCUUUUUAUCCUCAGGAAGCCCUAAGUAGGUUUGAGGUGCUGUGGGCAACCAUGGAACAAAAUGAACACCCAGAAGCCUGUGAACGUUCAGUGCCAACUGCAAGCCCACACCCAACCUCCCUGAAAAAAUGCCAGAGAGUCAAGCCUAUAGGAGACCUGUCUGGACUGAAGGCUCUCUGGGAAACCCCAGUACAAAAAGAGAACCCUCAGAUCUAUGAACUUCCAAUCUUAGCCCCUUGUCAGUUCACAGCACCCAUGACUGAACCUCCAGGUACUCCCUAUGAAACUCAGUGGGGAAUCACAGCACAGAAAGACAGUGUUCAUGAUUUUGACCCCCUAAUGUCAGCUUCCUGUCAAUCACCAGGUUCUCUGUCAGAAGUGAAAAAUGUUAACCCCAAAGGAAGACUUCUUGCACUGAGGGACUUCUGGGGAAACACAGGAUACCGAGAGAACUCAUCUGUAUCUAUGUCUCCAGUGUCAGCCCCCAGCCUGCCUUUAGACACCCUGUCAGAACACCAGGAAGAGAGUCCCCUAGAGGACUUGUUUGGAUAUGAGCCUCGAUGGCAAUGCAGAGAAAAUUCAGGCAAUCUCUGGGCCUUUGGAACUCCAACCUUGGACUUCAACAUGCGGUUCUAUGAAACGAGCCCUCAGUGUGUCCCUCAACUGAAGGGUAGACCUAGUACAGAAAACCUCUGUGUCUGUACAGACCUAGUUUCAUCUCCUAGCCUUCCCUUUGCCUCCCUACCAGACUCUGCAGUCUUGUUAGAGUCUAAAGCUUUACUGGAGACAAAGGAGCAGAGAAAACACCCCUGGGUGUCUGACUCCCCACAUCCUGUCCAUGUAUCACCUCUAGUCCCCUUUACGGAACCACAAAGAAUCAAUACUGUGGAUGAUUUCCCUAGAUCAGAAGCUAUAUGGAAGGAUACUAGGAAUACAAGAAAGUGUUUGUCUUCUGAGCAUCCAUUUAUGACCCUCAACCCAUGCCCAGAUCACCUACAGCAAUCCCUCAGAGGCAGCCCCUUAGAGAAGCCAUUUCAAUCGAAAGCUUGGUGUGGGGACAUUCAAAUAAAGAGUAACUUCCUGGUCUCUGCGCUCCCAGCUCAGAGCUGCUUCCAGCACCUGCUUGGAGCUGGCCCCUCAGCAGUCUCAUCUGACUGUGAGAUCGCUGGAGCACACAUGCAGCACAACGGACACUGUUCUGUUUCUGUGUCCCCAGGUCAGGAAUCCAAUCCACCUCCAAACUUGGUUUUGAAGUCACACGUAAGUGAGCCUCCUGGAGACCAGUGCAACUGUAAGCCUAUGGAGUCGGUAGUAGAGCAGAGGAAGGAUUACUGGGCCACUGAACUACCAGGCCCCAGCUUUCUCUCUACUCCAUCACAAGAGCGACACUCCAACACUGAGUUUUUAUGUAGAAAUGUACAAGAAAGAGAGGCCUCCCAGGGUCCCAAUCCUUCAGCAGUAAAUCCUCUGCAAGCAACAUCCUGGCCUUCCACUCUAGCGAAAGCCCUGAAGCCUGAGCCUAUGCUGCCUGGCCCACAGAAGGCAGAGAUGCUCUCAGAGACAAGGGUAGAGGCCCCAUGCCCGCAGCAUGCGGCCGACUCAGAGGCAUGUGACCACCCUGUGAGCCACGCCUGGCGAUGGAGUAGAGAACUGAAGCUCAGGCUGAACAAACUACAGCAGAGCCCCCCAUUUAAACCCCCAGGUUCACAUCACUCAUCUUGUAGCUCCCGAGUCCUUAAACCACCAACUCCAGAAUCUUGUCUCCAACAGUCUCAUCCUCUCAGUCUGCACCCUUGCCAUCCCCCAAAAGUUCACAGGACAGAACCUUUGCCUGUCCAGGCCUCUCAUUGCUCCCCCUCCUCUUCCCAACCUCAGCUACAAGUUUCUGGUGGACCAGAACAAGAGUCUCAGAAAAACAAGAGGAUGAAAUGGAAGGUAGUGGUCCAAACCCCAUCCCCAGCGCAUGUUCAGAUGAAGGCUAAUGAAAACUGUUCAGGAAUGGAAGAGUCCUCAAAUACAGGGGUUCUGGUCUUCAGCAAGAGACAAGACAAGACUUUAGUACCAUUUUCAGCCCAAAAGAGAGUGAGUCCCAGAAAAUCCAAAGCAGAGAAAUGUGGGAGAGGAACAGCAAAAUUAGCAUCAUCCACUGUCACAGGGAAAGACCACCCUGGCCCGGCCUGCAGAUCAGAAGGCCCUAUACACCCAUUUCCUAAGAAGUCUCAGUAUAAAGCUCAGAGUUCUACACACACUGCAGUUGCUCAGCAGCUUCUCCCAAAUGUUGCUGGUCCCCAGGAUCAGCAGCAAAAGACAAAGGCUAGUGUCACUCAGAAUCCUCCCCAGUCUAAGCAUUGUCUUUGGACCCCCAAGAAGCAGCUCCUAUCCUCCACAUCCAAGGCUCCCCCUACCAGAGGUAUCCAAAGAUGGUUUGCUAAAUUUCUAGGUGUCGCAGACUUCUUUGGACGAAAUCUAGUCAAAAAAGUAUAG